AACCCUGAAAUCGUUGCAGAAGUGAAACGUAAAGAUUAAGAAUGAUAUCAUGCUUGUAAAAAAUUAGUUAAAGAUAUGACACCAAAACAACACAAAAAAAAUAAAGAGACAAUGGCAGAUUAGAAAUAGGAAGAGAAGAGAACGACAGAAAGCUUUGCAGAACGUUUUGAUGAACACUCCGGCUUCUACACCACCUCUUUCAAGUCCCAGACCAUUAAGUCCGAGAUCUCGUUCACUUACUCCAGCCUCGUCUACUGCCAGUGCAAGAGGAAGAAAACAAGUUAGACGGGAUAGAUCACAACUUUAUAGAAAAAAUAUUCAACUUCAAGACCAAAUACAAGGAUUACUAAGAAAAGUACAGAAAUACAAGAAAAGACUUCAGCGACAGAAAAAAAUGAAGAUAAAGUACACAAUACAACCCAUAGUAGAAAGGAAAAUGAACACGACGAAAAAGAAAACAGAAAAUAUACUAUUUAUUGUUUUCUAAAGUUUAAAACUGUUUUAAGGUUAACAUUGCUCGGCGGGUAAUGAUUAUUUACCACUCUGUCACAAUUUUGUCCCCCUUAUAAUUUAAGUUCAAAGUAGUGUAUGCUCCAGUUUAUUGGUAAUAUUUACAAAAAUAGCGUUUUCUAGUAUUACAUGCUAAACAAUGAAGUUGUUCACCAGAUUUUCAAGUUACUUUAUUGAAAGACUUUCAUAAUAUUAAAAAGUUUUUUGUCUUAAAAAGCAAAACUGUGACAGAGUGGUAUUGGAUAUCAUUUUUUUAAUGUUUUUAUUAAAAAUUCCGUCCCAUGGAGCUAGCUUAAAAGAAAUGUUUGUAUUCUUGAUAAGAAAGAAAUAAGAAACUAAAGAUCUGAUUUUGCAUGAAAAAUAAAAAAAAUAAACAUUUUCGUGACUGAGGUGUUGAUGUUUUGUUACCAUUCCUACAAAAUUAGAAGUUAAACAAAAAUUACAAGUAAUACUUCGAUGCAUUAUAUAUGUUUGAAAUCUACAACAACGAGGCAAUAAUUUAAAAUACAUUUUACUAAAGAAAUCACAUGUUUACUUUUUUAACAAAUAUAAAAAUUUGCCUGUCAGAUUGGCCAUAAAAAAGAAGAACGUCCCAUUUA